UGGCAACGCUCUCCUAAUUUGAAUAGACAUUACUUCUAAAUGGGUAAACAAGGUUAUAAGGGCAUAUAUUAUAACCAACCAGCAGGUUGUUCUAUACUGACAAGAAAGAUUCAGGAUGAACACAUCUCAACAUAUCGAGAAGAUAAUUGCUUUGUGUAACAAAAAAAAUCAAACUCACGGGGUUGAUGGUGCAAGAUGACUCCUCAUCCUUCAGUUUGCAAAAAUCUAUGUCGCAAAUUAUUGUAGGAGGACAGGGAAUUUUCAUCCAAAGGGUCGACUUCUUAUGAAAUUGUACUUCAGUCUAGGACAAUUAAACAUACAAAGGCAAUGGUUAUUUUUGUGAAGGAAAUGAUUGAAAUUACAGCUCAGCUUCUCCUUGAGGUCCAACCACCAAGAAUAAAAUGGUAAAUUCCUAAAUACCCAAUGGAAGGACAAAUAAACCAAAGUUGUUUUCUUCUCCAGCCAAUGCAGCAUCCAUUGAGGUUCUAGUUUAAAAAUACUUCACUGCAUUGAGCAUGUCUGAUAUCAGAUACCAUCCUGUCAAAUCAGUCCCCUCCUGCCCUUUCUAUAGAAGAAUCUGUGGUUCCCACAUUUGGAUGAAUCAACCAACAUAAAAUCCAAAGAGAACUGCAGUGGAAGCAAGCCAACAUUAAGUUCAAAGGGCUGCCUACCAGUUCAGGCAGAAUGUGAUCAUGCAAUUUUAAAUUAUUGAAAUUAAAAAAAGACAUUACUUUGUGCCUUUCCCCCAAAAUAUAUUAUAUCAACUAAGUCACUAUACUGGGCAGCCACAAUUAUAAGAAAUUGUAAUGAGUCGAGUCAUACGCAUGUCAAGGUACAGCACAUGUUUAUGAAAGUUCACUCCCGCUACCAGGCCGACUGUUCAACAACCACAGACUGUGUCCCAUGUGGCCUCUCCACAGUGUUCAGCGCCCAGCUCACCUACUUCACCACCUCCACUCUGCAGGUCUCCAGCGCCGUCCCCACUCACUUCCCCGGUCGUUUCACCGAUGAAAGGAGGAGACAUGGAUUUAUACCGCACGCACGCCGGACGGGUCAAUUUCGAACCAGCCCGAAUAUGAGUCGACGAGAACCAGGUUGUGUUUCCCAUGCCAUUCAAAUAUGUCGGUGGCUACCAUGGACCACGGCAGAGGAGGAAACGGGUGCGAUAUCUGAAGCCUCUACUUCUAAAGACUGCGGUAAACCCGAAGACCCGAUUCAUUUUUCAUCCAUGAUAAUCAAACCUGAUCUAGUUGUAUUACCAGGAAGUGUCACCGUUGAAUGGACUGCUGAAUUGAGUCGUGAAAUCAAGGGACUGUCGGCUAAAGUACAAUUCCUAAAAAAAAAUGGAAAAACUUGGGAUAAAAUUGAAUGUCCUCCUAUUUACAACUGUAACGUGAAUUUUUGUGAACUGUUGGGCAAAGAGAAAACUUGCGUUCUCAAUCAGGGACCUUUAAUUCGGACACCGCAAACAUAUAGCUACACAGAAUCUAUACCAAGUGGUAAAUACCAUGGCCAAUUUAUUUUCAUGAGCGGUGGAAAACGUAUUGGAUGUUUAGAUGUCAAAUAUGAGAUCAAAGCCGAGUAAAGUGCACAAGAGAUGUCAACAGCACACACGUAGAAGACAAGACACGUUGUCUUCUGUUACAAGCAAAGAAUUUUGACAUGUUCACUUUAGCAUUGAAUUCUUUCGUCGCUGCAACUUUAUUGAAAUUUACUGAUUAUUUCACUAUUCUCUGCUUCCAGAAAUGCUUUAAUUUACAUUUUAAUGGCUUUAUGUUUCAUGUUGAAAGCCACAAAUUAAAUUUACAUAAUUCUCGCUAUUAAUACAGCCAAAAUCUUGUUACAGCAGAACAAUUUAAACCAUAAUCUGUCACCCAUACAAGUAACCCUAUAUUAUGACCACUAAGAUAACAGAAAUUCACCCAA